AAUAAAAAAAUGUUGCAGAGCAGAGGCUGGUGUUGAACUGUUGGUAUAAUUUCUGGAAUUAUAGGCAGCGUUAUAAGGUAAAGCAGAGAGCAAAUCAACAAAAGAAGCCAUGGUAGUGUUACAAGAAGUCUUCAACGUUGUACCAACUUCCGAAUCAGAAGAGUUUCAGUUACCAACUCAAACAUCGCUUUCCCUCACCUUCUUCGACAUCCUAUGGUUAAGGUUACCACCUGUUCAACGCGUCUUCUUCUAUGAAUUCCCUCACCCAACCCAUCUCUUCUUUGAUACCCUUCUUCCCAAACUCAAACACUCUCUUUCUCUUGCACUUGCCCACUUUUUCCCUCUUGCGGGCCACCUCACUUGGCCACUUCACUCCCAAAAACCCAUCAUCAAUUACAAAUCUGGUGACACUGUUCCCCUCACAGUUGCUGUAUCUGAAGCUGAUUUCAACCACCUAGCAGGCACAGAUCUUUAUGAAGCCAAAGAAAUUCCCCAUCUUUUACCCCACUUGACCAUAUCCCACGAAAAAGCCACGCUUUUGGCCCUGCAAGCUACCCUCUUUCCAAACUCUGGAUUUUCCAUUGGAAUAACCUCACACCAUGCUGUUCUAGAUGGCAAGACUUCAACAUCGUUUAUCAAAUCCUGGGCUUAUCUUUGUAGAGAAUCACAAUCACCCACUUCUUUACCACCUGAACUGAUUCCUUUUUAUGACAGGGAAGUAAUCAAAGACCCUAACCAUUUAGGGGUAAAAUAUGUCAGUGAUUGGUUAGAGCAGAAUGGACCCAACAACCGAAGCCUCUUGGUUUGGGAUCUGCAAGCUCCAGAAGAUGCAACUAGAGGCAUAUUUCAAUUGUCUCGUUCGGAUAUUGAAAAGCUGAAGCAAAUAGUGGUGUCCAAGAAGAAAGGGAACAACACCAACCUUCGCUUGUCAACCUUUGUGUUGUCUAUUGCCUAUGCUUGUGUUUUCAGGGUGAGAGCAGAGGAAACAAAGAACAAGAGAGUUAUGUUGGCUUUGAAUGUUGAUUGCAGGGCACGUUUGGAGCCACCUAUUCCACCAACAUAUUUUGGAAACUGCGUUGGAGCGAGACUUGCAAUUGCUGAAACAAGAGAGAUAUUGGGGGAAGAUGGCCUAAUUGUGGUUGUGGAUGCACUGAAUGAUGCCUUGGGGAGUCUCAAGGAUGGAGCACUGAGUGGAGCAGAAAAUUGGUCAAGGUGGUUGCUUGAAAGUUUUAGUGAUGAUGUGAGAAUAAUUGGUGUUGCUGGGUCACCUAGGUUUGAGGCUUAUAGUAAUGACUUUGGUUGGGGAAGACCAAAGAAAGUGGAGAUGGCUUCUAUAGACAGAACAGGGGCAUUUUGUUUAUCAGAUAGCAAAAAUGGUGAUGGGGUUGAGGUAAGUUUUGUGUCCAACAAAAGAGCAAUGGAGACCUUUGCUUAUCUCUUUGCCAAUGGCCUUCGAUCUUGAGUCCCUCUUGGUACAAUCUUGUGGUUUUUCAUGAAUAAAAAGUUGAGGAAAAAUAAAGGUAGAGUAGUGUAGGUGUUCUUAUGAAAAUUCGUUUUUAACAGUUAAUUGUCUGAAAUGUUCUGGUGGUGUGUAAUGCUUCAAUUAUUUGACAAUUUUAUGUACAUUAAUCAUGUAUUGCUGUUGAUUAUCCGAAAUUUGCUUCUCAGACUUCACAAAUAAUAGUUAGUGGCUACAACUUUCUAUUUAUU